AUGAAUCAACAAAACGAAAGAGAUAUAGAGUUAAGAGAGCAAGACCGUUGGUUACCAAUAGCUAAUGUUGCUAGAAUAAUGAAAAAUACCUUACCUCCUACAGCAAAAGUUUCAAAAGAUGCUAAGGAAUGUAUGCAAGAAUGUGUUUCUGAAUUCAUAUCGUUCAUAACAAGCGAAGCAAGUGACAAAUGUUUAAAAGAAAAGAGAAAGACCAUCAAUGGGGAAGAUAUAUUAUAUUCAAUGUACGAUUUGGGAUUUGAGAAUUAUGCAGAAGUCUUGAAGAUUUAUCUUGCCAAAUACCGAGAAGCGAGAAAGUAG